AUGGAAGAUAAGCUCUCUGUUGAAAUACUUACUGAAGGUGAGAGAAAUUUAAAGUUUUUAGUUGAAGGUAGACCAGAAGGAUUAGGCUAUUUAAAGAAAUAUGAAGGAUCUAAACUUGGAUUAGUUUUAAUUCAAGAGUGGUGGGGUCUUAACUAGUCGCUUACUAUCACAGCUGAUAAGGUUGCUGCUUAGGGAUUUAAUGUUUUAGUCCCUGAUGUCUAUAGAGGAGCUGUUGCUAAAAAUAGAGAAGAAGCUGGUCACUACUUUAAAGAUUUAGACUGGAGUGGUGCAAUUUAAGAUAUGAAAGGAGCUGCCAAUUACUUAAAGAAUUAAUUAGGAUGCACAAAGGUAGGUAUUUUAGGAUUUUGUUUAGGUGGUGCUCUCACAUUUGCUGCUCUUUCAGCAACUGAUGGCAUCUUUAGUGCAGGUGCUCCUUUUUAUGGUAUUCCUGACUAAACAAAAUACCCAAUAUAGAAAAUAAAAGUUCCUGUUUAAGGUCAUUUUGGAGAGUUAGAUUAGAUUAAAGGAAUGUCUGAUCCUGAAACUGCUAAAAAAUUAGAAGUUGAAGCAAAGAAAGCUGGAGUAGAUUUUAAUGCAAUCGUUUGGAAAGGAGCUGAGCAUGCAUUCAUGAAUUAAAAUUCAAGUCAUUACAACCCAGAAGUAGCUUAAAAAGCUCUUUUAGAAGUUACUAAUUUCUUUAAAAAUAUAUUAUAAUGA